CUUCCCCAUCGCUGGCCGCGCGGCUGCCCACCAUGGCCGUGACUCUGCCAGUCCUGCUCCUGACUGUCGCCCUGCCGAAGCCGUCCCUCGUCUGGGACCGGGCCGCAGGUGCCGAGGGGGGGAUCCGGCUGCGCUGCUCUGCCCCAGGGUCGCUCGGGGGAGGCUGGUUCACCCUGCACCGGGACGGCACACCAGGCCCUGUGGCUGAGGAGCGGGCCCCGGCGCAGGGCUUGGAGGUGACAUUCCUGCUGCCCAGCGUCGGCCCUGGCGAGCGGUACCGCUGCGGCUACUGGAACCGGGACACGGCCUGGGGGGCGGGUGGAGUCCCCGCUCAGCGACCCUGCUAACGUCACCAGUGGCCCAGAUCGCUACCCCAAGCCGUCCAUCGCCGUCAGCCCUGGCACGGAGGUCUUGGCCGGCCAGACUUGGACGAUCCGGUGCUGGGCUCCGUAUGCGGGGAUGAGCUUUGUGCUGUACCGGGCACGGGAGUUCUGGACUGAGCGGGCGCCUCGCGGAGACCCCCCCACGGCCGAGUUCCACCUGGGGAACGCCAGCGCUGCCAACGUGGGGAGAUACACCUGCUACUAUCACACCACCAGCGAGCCCUUCAUCUGGUCCAACUCCAGCAACCCCCUGGAGCUCAGGGUCACAGAUGUUCCCAGUGCCCAGGAGCGGUUCGUGGACGUGGGUGGGAAGCUCCGGGUAAAUUGUUCCAUCCCCGACGCCCCGGGUGGCUGGUUCUUCCUGUACCGAGACGGGGAUCCUGAGCCCCUGGCCUGGAUCGCAGCCAAGGGGGACGAUGGGCUGGCUGGCUUCAAUCUCCCAGAGGAGCAGGCCCUGGGCCCCGGUGGGGUCUUCAGCUGCCGCUACGGGCUGGAGGAACCGGGCACCCGUUUCGACCUGGCUCUCAAUGACACGGAGGUGCAGACCCAAGGCUCACGUUCUGGGGACAGUGAUUACAGCCAGAUCAAUGCGCUGCGCCUGGGCCUGGGGGCCGCCGUGCUGCUGCUGGCGCUGCUCUUUGUAGCCCAGGCCUGCUGGGAGGAGAGACACCUGCAAGGCUGAGGCCAGCCGUCAUGGGCCCGCAGGCGACUGGGGGAAGGAAUAGGCCCCCCCACACACUCCAUGGAGCCCCCUCUGCUGGAAUUCACCCCCGACUCCAUCCCCCCCGGUCUAUCCCACCCUCUCCCUUCCAGCCCCCCAGCCCCAGCCUACCAACCACCCUUCCGUCCUGUCCAACCCAGUCCUCUCUGUUCCCCCUCCCCCAUUAGCCCCCCCCCAAAUACUGUGAUCUUGCCCCCCAACAUCCUCUCCACCCUGGGCUAUCUCAGCCCGUCCCACCACCUCUCUGCUCUGCCCCCAUCCCAGCCUAUGGCCGCCCCGGAUUUCAGGGUGGGUCCCCCAUCGCCCUGGCAAAGGGAGAGCAGAUGAGUCGGAGUGGGGGGAGCCCUGGGGGAGCCCACCCGGUCCCCGGGGUGGUUGGUCAAGCCCUGCCCCCCAGGUGGGCAGGGGAGCUGCUGGCGGGAGAGGGCUGAGGGAUGGUACCACACGUCGCCCCCCUCUGGAACCGCGAGCGCUGGGCUUCACCGCUGCCCGGCACCUCCUGUAUUUAUACGGCACUGCCCUGGUUAUACGGAUCAGGGACCGGGCCUCAAUAAAGUAAGUGUGAUACCCCCAAGGGGGUGUGUGUCUGGUGAUUGGCAGCUUGUGUCUUCCCGGGCUCUUCCUCCCUCACACCCUGUUAGUACCACACUCCCAGUGUUAGUGCAAGGGCCACCACCGGGACAAUGUAAGUGUCCCCAUCAUG